AUGGCGGUCCUCCUCGUCGGCCUGGCGGUGGCGCAGAGCCCCGCCCCGUCGCCGGCCCUCACCCUCCAAGUCCCCCUCGCCGUCGCCCUCGCCGUCGCCUUCGCCGCCGGCUUCCGCCCCGUCUCCUCCCUCCGGCCCCGUCGCCUCUCCCCCGUCGCCCCCGGCGUCGUCUCCCACCACGGGAGGCCCCUGCGCCGUCGAUCGCGACGCCGCCGGCCGCCGCGCCCGCUCCUGGGGACAGUGGCGCCGUCAGCAACGGAGUUGGCUUCGCCGGUUCGGUGGCGAUCGGCGCCCUCGUCGCUGAGCCCCGCCCUGUCGCCGGCCCACACCCCGUCGCCGUUGCCGUCGCCCUCCAUCUCGCCCAAGGCCUCGCCGUCGCCUUCUCCGACGGCUUCCGCCCCGUCUCCUCCCUCCGGCCCCGUCGCCCUCGCCGUCGUCUCCCGCCCCGGGGCCCGCGCCUGGAUCUCCGCCGUCGAUCGCGACGUCGCCGGCCAUGGCUCCCGCUCCUGCGGACGGCGGGGCCGUAAGUAA